AUGAAGUUAGCUAUCCUCUCUAUGAUUGCCACCACCCUCGCUGCUCAGGGUUUCAACAUCAUCACCAUCAGAUCUGGUUCUCAGUACCAGUACCAGGGCCUUAUUCUGAACAACGACAAUGUCGUUGUUGGAAGCAAAGGUGACACUGUCGACUUUGUGUUGAACGAUGAUGGUACUUUGGGUGACACUGCAUCCAAGAAGUGGUUGACUGUCAAAGACAGCAACUUUGUUCUUUCCGAUAAGUCCCAAGACGGUUUUGCUAUUAACAACGGCCAAUUGGUAUACCAGUCCAAGGCAAACUUUGGUGUUUGCCCAAGUGACAACCACAUCGAGUACGGUGGAUCCUGUGAGGGCGGCUUGGGUCUUGUGUUGAAGGUUGUCGGCCAAAAGACCGUCGAUACUUUCACGACUGGCAGCUCUGACACCAGCACGACCACAAGCAAGUCCACCAGCAAGCCCACUAGCACAUGCACCGAUGACAAUAACUCCGGCAGUGGUCCAACUGAGGCUCCAUCUGACGUUGUCCCAGGCAAGAAGUUUACGCUUGUUGCCAUCCACUCUGGAUCUCAGUUCCAGUACACUCCAAUCAAGAAGGUUGACUCACACCCACACGUAUUCUCCGUGGGAGGCGAUGAAGGUUCCAACCUCGAGGUGUCUUUCCAGGAUGACAAGACUUCUUUGGUUGACUCUUCUGGAAGAGGUAUCAACUUGGACUCCCAAACCGGUGAGUUGGGCAAUGUGGCUCCAUUUGGCCGUGCUCCAGCCACUCCUGGCUUCAGUAUCGUAGAUGGUGAUUUGGCUUACAAUGGUGGCCAGGGUUGGAGCGCAUGUCCAUCUGGUGAGAACAAGUACUCUUUGGCAUUGAGUGAAUGUACUGGAGGUACCGGUAUUGCCUUGAAGGUCAUUUACAUUUAA